CGGUUACAUAAAGGCGCAGCUGCGGGCAGUGCGCGUCUCUAUGGUCCGUCAGGAAGGCGCACAUCGCGGGAGCAGCAGCGCAUCCAUCCGCCGCCAUGCCGUCCGAGAAGAGCAGCAGCGCAGACGAGGCCAAUGGGAAGGCCAAAGAGCCCGUCUCCACGCUGCAGAAGGGACUAGAAACAAUCGCUCCCCUGGUACGCUCCGUCGAGGAGACCCCUGAACCCAUCCCCACCACGGUACAAGGCACGAUUCCAUCCUGGAUCAAUGGCAACCUUCUCCGCAACGGUCCCGGAAAAUUUGAGUUUGGAAACACACACUACAACCACUGGUUUGACGGGAUGGCCAUGCUGCACCGGUUCAGGAUCGAAAGCGGCCAGGUGACGUACAUGAGCCGCUUCCUGCAGAGCGACGCCUACAAGAAGAACCGUGACAGGGAUCGCAUCGUCAUGUCCGAGUUCGGCACCCUCGCCAUGCCCGACCCCUGCAAGAACUUCUUCCAGAGGUUCCUCUCUCGCUUUGAGAUGAUCGAACCCACAGACAAUGCAAGCGUGAGCUUUGUGAAAUACAAAGGCGACUACUACGUCAGCACAGAGACGAAUUUCAUGCACAGAGUGAACCCGGAGAGCCUCGAAACAGUGGAAAAGGUGGACUGGAGCAAGUUCAUCGCUGUGAAUGGCACCACUGCUCACCCGCACUACGACCCCGACGGCACCAGCUUCAACAUGGGAAACUCCUACGGAAGCAAAGGAGCUCUGUACAACAUCAUCCGUGUACCUCCAGAGAAGACAGAUGGCAAAGACACCCUGCAAGGAGCCAAAAUCCUCUGUUCCAUUGUGCCUGCAAACAAGUCCCAUCCCUCCUACUACCACAGCUUUGCCAUGUCUGAAAACUACGUGGUGUUCAUCGAGCAGCCAAUUAAGAUGGACCUGCUGAAGAUCGUCACCUGCAAGCUGAGGGGGAAGGCUCUGAGCGAGGGCAUCUACUGGGAUCCCAAGCAGGACACCGUCUUCCAUCUUGUUGACAAACACACAGGCAAGGUCAGCUCGGUGAAGUACCACACCAAAGCCAUCUCCACCUUCCACCAGAUCAACGCCUUCGAGGAGGACGGCUUCCUGAUGCUCGACAUGUGCUGCGCGGACGACGGCCAGGCCAUCAACAACUACCUCAUUCAGAACCUGCGCAAAUCAGGAGACGCGCUGGACAAGGUGUACAACACUCUGUCCAGACCUUACCCUCGUCGCUUCGUUUUGCCCCUGCAAGUGACCAAUGAAACCCCGACGGGCCAGAACCUGAACACCCGAUCCUCCAGUGAGGCGACCUGUGUCAAGAUCAGCAACGAAAAGGUGUUCUGCCAGCACGAAGAUCUCCACGGAGACGACCUGCACCAGUACGGCGGUCUGGAGUUCCCCCAGAUCAACUACGCCCGGGUCAACGCCCGGCCGUACCGUUACUUCUACGGCUGCGGCUUCAGACAUCUGGUGGGAGACUCUCUGCUCAAGAUGGACCUGAAGGACAAGACGCUGAAGGUCUGGUACCAGAAGGGCUUCUACCCCUCGGAGCCGGUGUUCGUGCCGUCGCCCGGCGCCGAGGAGGAGGACGACGGCGUCAUCCUCUCGGUGGUUCUCACGCCUUCGCAGGAUAAAGCCACGUUCCUCCUGGUUCUGGACGCCCGGACCUUUGAAGAGCUGGGACGAGCCAGCGUGCCUGUUAACAUGGCUUACGGCUUCCACGGUACCUUCAGCGCUUCCGCAUGAGCCUGAUUCUGUUAUUCUCAAUAUAUUUCUGGUACUCAGCAUAAUAUAUUCAGAAUGCCACAUCCAGUAUUAAGCCUUGAACCACUACAUAUAUUCCUGAUGGUACUCGUUUGCGGCUGCGUUUCACGUGCCGGUACUGACAGACUCCUAACUUUUUUUAAUAAUUUCUCCAAAGCCUUUUUUUAUGAAACAUAUUCGUAUCACUCUAAGUACUUAAUAUUGCAUGAAUGUGAAACUGACACUAUACUGAAGGAUACGACGACAUGUGUGAGCAUCAAACGGUAACAGGGGAGCUCCAGAAUGUAACAAGUUCACUUUUUUAAUCUUCUUGUAAUCUUUUUUUUUUUUUAAUUUUGCCUCAUUUUUUUAAUACAGAUUUUGAUGACUUUUAUA